CUUUUAUAUAUUUUUUCUAAGCUGAAAUCAAGUACUUUAUAUUUUAUUCUUAUAUAUAUAUAUAUACAGCAAUUAAAUAAUUAAAUAAAGCACUGCCAACAUCGUCAAGAACAGCAAAAAGACCAACAAUAAACAUAUAAGAUACGCCUUUAAUACAUACCUACACAUACACGCAUACGCACACACACACACACACACACACACACACACAUACUCUACAAUGGGAACCCACAUGUCGAUACCAAAAGACUCUUUCAAACGACACAGCGGACGAAAGAGUGAUCAUAGUAACCCUACAUCUCACAGUACUAUCGAAACACUGGAUACCAGAGAAACCUACGAUUCGCGCGGCUCAGAAAAGGCAUAUAGCUCUCCUUUAGCAUGCUUUGAUCCUCAUAGAAACGGAGACAGUGACCGCAUGAGUGUGCAACAUUUUGGUCUUAAAGCCUUGUUCGAAGGUAGAAAUAUCUUGAAAAAUGUAAACAAGUACGUUGAUUUCGAUAGUCCCACUCGAAUCCUAGACCUUGGAGUUGGAACAGGAAGCUGGAUUAUGGACGUAGCUACCGAGAAUCCAAACGCAACCUGUAUUGGCAUAGAUAAACUGCCAAUAUUUCCUCAGGCGAUCCGCCCUCCAAAUGUCACUUUCCAAAUCCUCGAUAUUCUCGAUGGACUUCCUUACCAAGACAAUUAUUUUGAUUUUGUUCAGCUGCGGCUCUUUGGUGCCUGUUUACAGCUUACAAACUGGCCAAUUGUUCUCAAAGAGGUCUAUCGAGUUUUGAGACCAGGAGGAUGUGUCCAGCUCUUAGAAUGCUUAUUUGAGGAAGCUACAGAUGAAUUUUUGACAGUAUACACAAAUAAACUGAGAGUAUUGAUGGCAGCCAAUGAUCUGGACGUCCACAUUGCCAAACAAGUGGGCAAACUGCUUGCCGAUUCUGGUUAUACAGUUAUCCAAGAGGAACUCAAAGAAAUUGAUUUGAGAAACCCCAAGGCCCAUCUAGCAAAAGAAUUCAUGUACAUAAUAGAUGAAAGUAUCAAUGGCUGUAGACCUAUAUUGUACGAAAUAUACGGUGUAGCCACAGACAAAGAAUUUGCUGUCUGGAAAGCAGAAUACUUGGCCGCUCGUCGAAAUUCAUCUUUUUCAAGAUGGUACGCCGCAGCAGGAAUGAAGCCAAUAAGUUAGUAAGGCAAAAUCUGAGACUCACUAUGCCAAAAAGCCAAAAACACCCGCACACACACAAUCCCCACUACCACCACCCAACCCCUUCCUUCUCCUUUUUUGUUGAUCAAAGAAAUCAUGCUCUCUACAGUCCCUUUCUCCCACCUUAUAUUUCCUCUUCUUCUCUAUCAAAUCCUCCGUUCAUUACACCUCAGUUUUUCGGCCUUUUUUCUCACAUUUAUAUUGUUAUUAUUAUACUUUGUAUAUUUCCACUUCCUCUCCCAUACUUUUAUAGCGUAUGCCUAAAACCUAAAUAUUAUACACAUAUACUAUCUAUCCAAACCUCUCUCUCUCUCUUUUACUACUGUUAUCAUUACUCCUUAUCAUCAUAAUUAUUAUUAUUUUAAAGAAAAGAGAAGGCUAAAAGUAAUUUCAGGAAGUCAAAUAAAUAUUAUUAUAUAAAAUACC